AUGGAGACGCUCACCCCCUCCCUCCCCCGUGGCAUCCCAUAAUAGUCAUGAGCGCAGUCACUGACAUCCCUCAAUGAGCAUAACUCCAAAAAGAGAGCGAGAUAGGAGAAAAGAGGGAGGGCGAGGGGAGCGGGGGGGAGGAAAACGCCGUCACAUGGCAACUGUGUGUGUCACAUGACUGCUUAACUUGAGUGUGCAUGUUUGCAUGUUUGCAUGUAUGCGCAGGCACCGUACUGUACAGGAGUCUGGCUGUUCAAGAGCGCCCCGGUCGUGGAUGUGCGAGGCCCGCAGAGUCCAAAGGGCGCCUGACACCCGGUGACCCGAGGGUAACCCCCGAACGAAGCGCCCAGACCCCCGGGUUCGAGGCUGACUCACCAGAAAACACGACCGUCUCAGUGGGUCAGGCCGGACAGAAACGUGGAGUGAACUCUAAGUGAGAAAAGUUUGCGCAGCAGGAUGAAGGUGAGGUGAGAGAGUCAGGUGACACGCACGGCGCUCCGGGGAAGAGGUCGCAGAGGUCAAACCGGAGUCAAAACCUUCAUGUCUGCGGCAGCGAGCCCCCCCCUCACAACGAGGAACAGUGAGCCCAGAAGUACAAGAGCCAAGCCAACAGCUGAGUUAAGCUGUCUGCACACACACACACACACACACACACACACACACACACACACACACACACACACACACACACACAUAUGGGCUCGCUCCACAGGCUGCUUGGAAAUGAACUGCAGUCAAUGGUGGGAAAAACGUCUGGGUCCUAGACAGUAUUUUCCCACCAUUGACUGUCAGUCGAACAUCCAGACUGUGGGGAGAAACGCAGAACAGUUGGAGCUCAGAGCGGCAGAGAGGUUCGAGAGUGACGUGGAAACCCACAGAGAGCGUGUCGGCUAACGGGGGGGUUCUGUAUUUGGGGCCCGUGAGACGACUUCUUCACUGUUAUUGUUUGGCUGCUGGACCUGGAGCUGCUCUCCUGAGGCUCCUGCUCCACGUUUUUACACUGAAGACUCAACAGCUGACGUCCACAUGAUGGCCAAAAGUCUGUGGACACACAACAACACCCACACAGGACUCCGAAUCUGUCACUCUGGUUCUGCCGCUCCGUACUGUAUGAAAUAUGCAGAACUGACAAUUAUUCCAGAGAACAGAAUCAGAAAUACUUUCAUAAAAUCGCUGUUUGUUUCAGUCACUCCGAGCAAAUAAAGUAGAAAGACGAGAUACAUAAAAGGUUCAGUUUUACAAAAUACAAGUAUGUUCACUAUAUAUAAACAACGCAACAGAGUUAAAUAUGCAUAUAAACAGAAAUUCAGAUUUUUCUUAAAUCCGAUCUUUUUGUGCGGUCGUUCACGUAACAACAACGAAUGUGUCACCUAAUGUGAACAGACGUGAACCCACACGCUCAAAAAACACAAAUAUCUCUCCGCUCCUGUUUGUGUUGAACAAUGGUGACGUUUGUCUCAUAUUGAUGACGUAAAGGUCAGAUGAACUCGACCUGAGCGUCACACUGCAGUCACAUCAGAUACAUAUCUGAUUUAUAUCCACAUACAGAAGAGGGUCGGAUCAGAACCAAUCAGAACUGACCUGUUCACACGAACAUGAAAAAAUCAGAUAUGAGUCACAGAUGGUUAAAACAUCAGAAUGACCUUCAGUCUGAACGUCGCCUUCUGUUUCGCUCACUGUGUCCACUUCUGACCAAUCAGAUUGCGUGUUGUUGCGACGUCAGAUUCAUCGGUAUAUCCAACAUGGCCGACCGGCUGAUUGUUUCCGUGUCGGAGAACAGAGUGAUUUUUGAUAAAGACACAAACAUUACAAAGAUAACGACCUGAAGGACGACUUGUGGAGAGUCAUAGUGUCGGAUUUCUCCGAUGACGAUGGUUUGUGAGCUUUAACAGUUUGAUAAACGUCUUUGUUUGAACUUUCAUCUGUGCUAAGUAACUUUAGCUCUAAGCUAACCUGUUCAGAUACAACAGACCAUCUGUAUUUUCACUGUAAACUCAGUCACAGCUCCAUCAGGUCUCUGUUGUUCCCUCACGUUUAUGGAUUAUAGUUUCAUGUGUUUAUCUGGUUCUGACCCAAAUCAGUCCAUCAUGACAGACAGACAUCUCAACACUAGAGUCUGAUCAGAACUGAAAACACUCAGUCUGCUGUUGGAUCAGUCUCCUCGUGUCGUAUAUUUGCUCCCGGUGUGUGCGGACCUUCAGAGUAACUAAAAACCAACACACAGACUCGUGGACUGCACAGGGAUGUGGUUCGGUGUUUGAGGUGUUCUGGAUCUAAAGUUUUAUGAGUUCUCUUGAAGGUGUUUAGUUUGAUAUAAAGGAGAAAACUGGAUUUUAAAGGAGUGAACAGAGCGAACAGCUGAUUUCCCAUAAUGCCUCUGUGUGUUAUUUAUUGAAGGACAGAUUCUCGCUCCAUGUGUUGAUGAAUCCAGGUGAACACAUGAUUCAUGUCAGCGUGUUGUUUCAGCGCCGACUCUCUGGACCGGGUCGGGCCUCUCUGCCGCUCUGCCUCCGGCCUCGUCUCCUCCUGUCGGCUCUGACUCAGCACCUCCUCAUAUUUGGAUGUUUUUCUUUCUCCUUCUGGUCUUUUCUUUGUCCCGCCACGGAGAGCGGCUCUCCUCGCCGUGUCCCGCACACAAAGAGCGACUUAAAAACCAACUUCUGUCUGUCUCUCCCCGCGUUCGCACCUCCCCCCUCCUUCCUUUGACUAUGGACACAGUGUUCAUGUGUGCAUUUGGGGAGGAGGAGGAGGAGGAGGAAGGAGGGGGUUGUAGGAUGAAGGGGGGACAUCCCAUAAUCACCAAUCAGAAGGAUACUGGGGGCAGUUGUCAUAGAAACCUCGUGCACAGCUCUUGAUGCCCCUCCCACCCCCACCAGACUUGAAUAUCUCAUAAUUAAAAUAAUAUCAUUCUGAGGAAGACGGAGGAGGGGGAGGAGUCAGGAGUACAGACCAUAAUAGUGCUCCUGUACUACUGGUCGCCAUGGAGAUAACCACAAGGGCAGUCGUGUCCUGGUAGUGAUGGUGGGGUGGGGGUUACAGGCGGGGUCAGAUUAUCAUGUAAGUCAAAAUGCAUAUUUGUGGACCUCCUCCCCCCUCCCCCGACUCAGACACCAUCGCCGCUCCACCUCUCCUGCCCCGCAGCGCACGCCGCGCCAGAUAACAAAAGUGCAAAUGGAUCUGAUCAGACCCAACAUGUCUGCCACACGAGAUAAGACAAAGCAGACAAAAACAGAGACGACGCGGACCCCUCCGAGGUCGUCUGGAGGAUCUGCCCUGUGUCCUCCUCAUCCCUCGCCAUCUUCCCCAAACAAUGUGACCUUUCAAGUUCAGGUCAAGUAG